AAACGAAUUAAAAAAAAAUUCCCAAUUUCGAAAAAAUGUCACUGACCGCACAAUUCUCGCCGCCGGUAACCGGAAUAACUAGGAGUCUCCGGGAUACGAAAUCUUCACCGUCAACUCGCCGUGUGUUUAUUCCGAUUUACACUGAGAUUAGAACUCCGGCGAUGAGAAAUCUUAAGAAAUCGUCGUAUUUUGUGGCUAAGGCUAUCGAACAGAGACGGGAUACAGCUGGAUCUGAAUCGGAGUCAGAAGCGACACCAUCACCGGCGGAAGAGAGUGGAAACGAAGGAGAUAAGGCGGUGGAGAUUAGUGCUAUAGGAGCGGAGAUAAAAGCGGCGAUGGAGCAGAGGAAAGCAGCGGAGGAAGAGAAAGGGAAGAACGAGUUCUGGAGUGGAGUGGCGGAUGAAGUGAAGGAGAUCGAGUGGCCUGCGUUUCAGAAAGUUCUGGGAACGACUGGUGUUGUGCUUGGUGUUAUCGCUGGUUCUAGCGUCGUUCUUCUCACUGUUAAUUUCGUUUUGGCUGAGCUCUCUGAUCGUGUGUUCAUCGGUAAAGGUGUUCAAGAUUUCUUCAGCUGAUUAUUGUGGAAAUUGAUAAUGGUAUCAGAUUUGCGUGUACAAUUUUAGCAAUUGCAAUGAUAAGAUUGAGAAAGGUUGUUGAUUUGUGUAGAUGAGCAUUACCUUCUUCUUCUUCAUUGUCCUAAUCUUUAUACUUAAACCUCUCAAAUUCAGAAAGAUUCUUA